CCACCUCCAGCACCGCUGCCUCAUCACCAACCAUUGCUGGGGCUUUGCAAUUACUUUGAAAGCUUACAGCAAAACCUCAGCCUUUCCAAAGACAGAAACUUUCCCACUCCAUCAUCUCAGUGUCAGUCUCCACGCCUUAUCUCACACACCCUCCUGCAGCACCUCUGUGCAGUACCUGCUGUCUCCUUUGAACAUACAUUUUUGCAAAGCUGCUGCUUCACAGAUAUGUCAUUCACUCCAAGCCCUGAAUGAUCUAUCCUUACUGCUUCGUCUAAAUUAUUCCAUACACAAGAAGCUUGUUCCCACCCUCAGCAUGAGAUUUGCUUCCCUUGCUAGUGCUCUAAGAUUGAGCAUCAAUCCCUGUUGCCCACGGCCCUACAAACCCUGCCCAUAGGGGCAGUGGCUAUGGCAGAGCAGAACCCACCCAGGCCCAGCUCCGCAGCAGCCUGCAGAGGAGAGGAAGGGGAAAGGCUCCUCAGGCACUGAGAGCUCUCCAGCCAUGUGUGUGCAAAACUUCUGCCCACGCCACGUGACAGAGGAAGAAGCUCGGAUCCAUUACACAAUAAUAAAAAUAUGCCUUUGGCAAAGCUGAGCCAAAACGUAGAGCUGCAGCGGGAAGCCAGCAAUACAUGCAAAACAGGGAAAAACAUUAAUAGAAAAGAAAGACCCACCAAGUCAGAACCACAGAGCACACUUGGAAGGACGCAGUGGCAGGAGGACGGGGUUUGUGCUCCAUGAUGUGACAGCAAUCUGCAGCAAAACAUCUGCUGCAAGCUGAGCGGAAUCCCAGCGCCUGUCAAGACCUCCCUGAAGAGAUUAAGCCUGAGCUGUGCCAUGAUUUCUGCCGUCCUCCUCCUCUGGACUGUGCCCUGCGUGGCCAACCACAUCCUCGGGGGCUUUGCCAAGGCAGCGCUGCAGGAGGGCCCCCAGCUGACGUGCAGCCUGCCGGGUCCCCCCGGGCCUCCCGGCCCUCCUGGUGCACCUGGGACUCCGGGGACAGUUGGCAGGAUGGGCUUCCCAGGGAAAGAUGGCAAGGACGGCAAGGAUGGGGACAAAGGCGAUCACGGUGAUGAAGGUCCACAGGGCAGAACAGGAAACCCAGGCAAGCCGGGACCAAAGGGGAAAGCAGGAGCCAUUGGCAAGGCCGGCCCACGAGGACCAAAGGGUUUAAAGGGUAAUCCUGGAAAAAACGGAGCACCAGGAAAGAAAGGACCCAAAGGGAACAAAGGUGAGACUGGGAUGCCAGGACCCUGCACCUGCAAUGCCAACAAAGCCAAAUCUGCCUUCUCUGUAGCGGUCUCUAAGAGCUACCCAAGAGAAAGGCUCCCCAUCAAAUUUGACAGGAUCCUGAUGAAUGAGGGAGGACAUUACAAUGCUUCCAGUGGGAAAUUCAUAUGCAGCAUCCCAGGUAUUUACUACUUCACUUAUGAUAUCACUUUGGCCAACAAACAUUUGGCCAUCGGUUUGGUCCACAACGGGCAGUACCGGAUCAAGACUUUUGACGCCAACACUGGGAACCACGACGUUGCCUCUGGAUCAACCAUUCUCUCUCUGAAGCAAGAGGACGAGGUGUGGCUGCAGAUCUUUUACUCUGAACAAAAUGGGCUCUUUUAUGAUCCCUACUGGACAGACAGCUUAUUUACUGGCUUCCUGAUCUACCCUGACCAAGAUUAUCUCAAUGAAAUAUAGAGUGAGAAACAAAUAAGAAACGGAUGCAACUUCAGUCUAGCAAAAUGUAGCCUGCACAUGGACAUGUGUGAUAUUAUUUCACUUUUUUGGCACUAACAGCCCAUAUUGGCAAUACAGAUAUUUACUUGAUGUCUCCAACUAGUCCAUGAAGUAUAUCGUGAUCUUUAGGACCUACCUUUAAGUGACCUCAUGACUGUGUAAUCCUGGAAGCCAGCCGCUAUGUUUUCCUACUGUUCAAACAUACCACAGACACGUAACUCAAAAUACUGAUGCAGAAUGUUUUGAUUUUAUAUUAUUGUAAUGCAUAGAGACCAAAAACCAUUUCCAGAAAACUGAGCUUAUAAGUGCCAUUGAUGUUGGAGAUUAUAUCAGUGCCCCUCCUUCUGCCACCCUCAAUAAUAAUAAAACUUACUACACUUUACCAGCUACUUACAAGUCAGGAAAUUAUCAGCUGCCGUUACAAAAGUACCAGCAACCUUCAGCCUCAUCAAAGCAGUGCUAAUAAGCAACGGCAUCCGGUUUAAAUAGGACACAAAGAAAAGAGCUCAUUUAAGGCUAAAGGUAAAACUUCUGCUAAGACACACGCUGUCGAAUCGAGCUCUGCUGGUGUUGCUCAGAGUUCAGCCACAACAAAGCAGUGCUGAGUAUUGCAUCUGCUUUCAGAUGAGUGUCAAAAAGCUGUGACCAGAACCUGACAUUGGCUGUGCAAGCCCAGUACCUGCCAGCCUCUGGUCCAUGGUGGAGAGCAACACUGCAGAUAAGACUCAGUUUUUAGAGAGAAAGCGUGAACCUUCACUCCAGAAACAGGUGCAUCAAAUCCCACUCCUCCAUCCCUGCCAGCUUUUGCUGAAAGGAAAUACUCAUGGUGCUGCUGAGGUGCUCCUCACAGGCUUAAUGCUGCAGAUAGACUCUGUCUUAAUGACGUGCUUUGCUUUUUUGGUUUUGUAUGUCAAAUGUUACAGAUGAUCCAAUCUUAACAUAGUGGUUCUAAACUGUAUAAAAAAGAAAAACAAGGCAGAAAAGGCCAGAGGUGAGCUUUUUGGUCUUGCUAUGAUGAGCUCUGCAUUUUUUCCCAUUUCAACCAGCAGCCAUACAGGGAUAUGCUCCCAAAUGGAGCAUUAUUAUCACAGCAAAGAGCUCUCCAGCUGUAUGGCUGCUCAGCCAGUUGCCUUGCCCCAGUGUGUGCAGCUGCUCACUACCAGAAGUCAGUCUGCGGUCAGAGGGAAGGAGUUUUCCUCAAUAUCUGACACAUCUUGGUUCCCACAGUCAUAUUUCUUGUAUUCUCUACUGCAACACAAAAACUUGUAUCAAUUUCCAGUUCUACUCAUUUGCACAUUUAGACGUUGAGCCCAGAAGAACAAAUUAAGAAAGAACAAAUUAAGAUAUAUAUAUAUUAACCUUACUUCUACAAGUCAUUGUAUUUGCAUGAUUUUGUGAACAACUUUAAAUGUGUUAUAUUUUAUGAAAACCUUUUCAAAUACUUUUUUUUUUUUAAAUAAAGCUGAACAAAACUACCACUGCAACAUCCUUGAUGCUUAUUAAGCAGUUUUCCUGAAAUUAUUUCAAAACUGUUACAGAUUCCACAGACGCUGCCAGUUUCAGUGACGGAUUUUGUAGGGCCAGAUGCCACCAGUGUAUUUCCUCCCUCCCAACCCUACAAGCCAGGGAGCACACACUUUUUUACUCUCUGUGCAAGGCCUUCUACAAGGUGGAACAGGGUCUAUACGUUCCCGCGUAGCUGCUCAGCCCGCUGGCAGAGGUCCUUUCCCAGCAGUUGCUGUGCAAAUAAUGUACUUUCCUUUGCAAUGCCCUCAUUUAGUAUGUCCUGGCCUGCAUUUUGCAGGCAGCAACAGUUCAAG